AUGGUGAACGGGAACCACGAUAACAACGAGAGCAACAAUGCUAACGAAGGAAACGGUAACAAUAUACCUUUCCAUCUAAAAAGAACUUGUGAAAGUCUAACUAGGCGGCAGAGAGAUAUAUACAAUGAGUGUGCCACUCGUGCUGAAAGAAUUGGGUUUUUAGAAGUGCUUAUUGAAGAAAGAAAAAAAUCAGAAAUCGGGUCCGAACUAAUUGGCUUAGUCUUAUACACACUUAUCACUGGUCUUAUCGUUUUAAUAUAUGGAUUAUUUUUCAAGGACGAAGAAUCCACAAAGUAUUUUAUUGUCUUGUUGAAUAGUGUCUACUACAUAGCUAAAAUUGUUGUAUUGGGAACCAGUAUGGAAAGAUUAGGGAUAUUUUAUGAUAAUAAAGUCCGUGCUUAUACAGCCAUUCCAAUAAUUGUGUGGACAUCUUUGGCAAUAUUAUUGGGCAUAUUUGUCAUUUCUCCCGUUAUAACUGUUACAUUUGUGAAUGUUGGAAUAGAAAUGGCCAAACUUAUUGUUAAAUUCUUUGUUUGA